GUGACGGACAGCUCAGGUAGCCAAUAGCAGUCGUCGCAGCGUGAGGGGAGCCGCGGACGCAGCGCGAGCGCAGGCACCGCCACCGCCUCCCACCCAAGAGGGUCCGGCUCUUUGUGCGCGUCGCGUCACCCCCCGUUGCGGUGGCUGCGGCUGCACCGCCGGAGUAGGAGCAGGCGGAGGGGGGAAGCACCGUGGAAAACAUCGCUCGCCCGCCCGCGCUGCCGCCGCCGCCUCAUGCCGUGGCGCCAUCCUGCUUCUGGCCCGGGGACCUGCAUGGCCGGGCAUGGGGAGCGCUGUGCCCUCCCGCGCCCCCAGGGCUGAGGCGCCGCUUGCCGCUCUGCGGCGGCUGCUCGCUGCACUGGGGCUACUGCUGCUGGGCGCAGGUACCAGGAGUGUGGGGCUGGGAGGGACAGGUGCGCGCAGACGCGAGGAGGUGGCGGUCCUUUCCCUUCCGGUAGAGCCUUUCAUGAGGAGGGAUUCGCGAGUUGGGCCUGUAUACCCCAGAGAAGGCUGCGAGGGGAUCUCGUUAAUGCGUAUAAAUACCUCCGUCCGAGAGGAUGGUGCCAGGUUCCUUCAUUGGUGCCGAGCGACAAAAAGAGGGACAAUGGCUAUAAACUGAAACACAAAAAGCUUCACCUCAGCAUGAGGAAGAACUUUGCAUUAAAGCGUAGCAGAGCACCGGAACAGGCUAGCAGGGAGGUCAUGGAGUUUCUCUCUCUUAAGACAUUCAAACCCUACCUGGACACGUUCCUGUGUCACCUGGUCCAAGUAUCAUGCCUUGGCAGGGGCAUUGGACUUGGUGGUCCCUUCCCGCCCUAAAAGUUCUGUGGUUCUAUUAUUUAUCGGGCUGUUUGAUAACUUGACAGACUUCCUCAGCUAGCCUGCUUUAUAUGUGAUCAAAAUAAUAUUAUGAAUACAACUGAAGGGAAGUAAAAGUUUUGAUGCUUUGAAAGUCUGGCUCUAAACUCAGUAUUCCCUCUGUCAUUUUGCUUGGUGUGGGUCUUUUUUGUGUAUCUGAAAACACAGAAGCUGAUUGUUGUUAGGGGUUUUUUUCUGUGUUCUGCAGAGGUAUGUAUGGCUUGCACAAAAAUUUUCAGCUUACCUACACGAGUCAUGGUCGUGUCAUGGUCGUGCUUAGUUGUAGGUGAGGAAUUCCUCAUUCUACUUUGUGUUGUCUUGGGAUUUUGUCGGAUUUGUGUUAGCUAUGCAUCACUGGAAAAACAUUGCCCUUACAAAUUCAUGGUUUGGAUAUUGAGAAUAAGUAAUGUCAGUACUGACUCAGGAAGGUCAGCUGUUUCAGGCAAGCAAAGAAAUUGCUGCUAGCCUCUCAUCACUGGGUGCACUGCAGAAAACAGCUAUUUAAAAAUGAAAAAUUAUGUUAUUCAGCCUAUUUUCCACUUCUCAUGGCUCAGGAGUUUCUCGUGUAUUUCAUUUUUCAGGUUUAUUUUAACUCUUCCAUGUAUCUUUGUGGCAUUCAAAACCCACUUCAUGACAGUGAGAAAUUUCAGAUAAAUGUUCCACAGAUGAAUUUUAUUAGAUAGUUUUGCAGACUUGGACAGCUGUUGCAUGAAGUUGUGCACCUAUUCUUUAUGAAGGUCUGUUUUCUCUUUGGAUGGCAGGAAGUGUGAUCUGUCCUGGGCUGGGGUCCUCCUGGUUUUAACCUGUGUGAAAAGUUUGGCUCUGUUGCCCUUAGUGUGUCUUGUUCAUUUAAUAUUUGCUCCUGGUAAGUUCUUUAGUAUAAGUUGCCUUCAGAAAGCUGUUGUUAACUGUCAUGAGAAUCUGGAAAGAUUUCAGAUCAUACCUGUGAGAACUGUGGAGGAGACAACUGUGAAACAUCGAUUUGCUUGCAAGGAUGUUAACUGGUUUUUUACAGAAAUCAGGUAAUCAGAUAAAAUCUGACUGGUUUGCUCAUGCAAACUGAACUGUUUAGCAGUUGUAUACAUCUGAUCAUUUCUUCAGGCUUUUGUGUGAGAGAGUUUCUCUUCCACCUGUCUUAUUACUGAAUUAUUACUGAAUUAGUAACAGCUACUGCAAUGUGCAGGUGAGUUACCUGAAAACUUGCACUUCAGACAGCUGGGUUUUUUUCACACUUUGGUCCCAAAAAAAUGAGCAGUUGAAGCUUUAGCUAUGGCAGUGCCAGGGAAAUGAAGCAAACUGUUUGUCCGCUUACCUACCAUUCUCCCCCACCCUGGUUUCUAGAAGGGAAAUUUUUGCUGUAUUCAGUCUAGUGUUUGUCUAAACAUUUUUAGACAUUUUACAUGUCUAACAUCUAACAAUGUCUAAACAUCAUUACUUUGUUGCCUUUACCACGUUCUUCUGAGGGGCAGAAUUCUAUAUAAAAAUUCAGUAACUUGUGUAAAGCCCUUAAAAGACUAAAUGGAGACUUCCUUAUUGACUAAGUGAUUAAUUUAAAUGCAGAAUUGCAUCAUCACCUUGGUAUCUGGAAUGAAAUGUUUGGCUUGUACUUGACAGGACCUAGUGCUCUUAAUUUUUGUUUGGACAAUAUGAAGUAAUGGAUUAAGACAUCUUGAGUCCUGUCAGCCUCUGAGAUAGUCUCCAUUGCUAUCCUUCUAUCUUUCAACCUCUUCUUUUCUGAAAUGCAAUGUUUCCCUAAUGGGAGACUGUGAGCUGCACGCAUCUUGUGGAAUCCAGAAGUGCACCACUGAUUUUGUAUCCUUUACUUCACAUCUAAACACAGCUCUUGAGAACUUUGAUUUGGAGUUCUGCAAGGCCCUGCGGGCAUACUCUGUGUGUACCUAUCGCAAUUCCAAAGCAUGCCGUGGAAACUUAGUCUACCAUUCUGCAGUGCUUGGGAUCAGUGAUCUCAUGACCCAGAGAAACUGUACCAAAAAUGGACCCACAUCCUCCACCAACUCUGAAAUGACCCAUGAUCCUUGCAAUUACAGUGGCCACACAGAAGUGAGAGAACAUCAUGGGGGAGAGAAGACACCUCCUCCUGCUUACCUGUUCUGUGGUUUGUUUGGGGAUCCUCAUCUGAGGACUUUUAAGGAUCACUUCCAGACAUGCAAAGUGGAAGGCGCUUGGCCCCUCAUAGACAAUAAAUACUUAUCAGUGCAAGUGACCAAUGUGCCUGUGGUCCCAGGAUUCAGCGCUACUGCUACAAACAAGAUAACUAUUAUUUUCAAAUCAUACCAACACUGUACAGAUCAGAAAGUAUAUCAAGCAAUGACUGAUGAUUUGCCUGCAGCUUUUGUUGAUGGUACAACAAGUGGAGGAGAUGAGAACACCAGGAGCUUGCACAUUGUGGAGAAAGUCAGUGGCAAAUAUGUUGAGAUGCAUGCAAGGUACAUCGGGACCACAGUGUAUAUCCGCCAGCUUGGGCACUACCUGACCCUGGCCAUUCGCAUGCCCCAGGAGAUGGUCAUGGCCUUUGAGGAGAGCCAGGAUCUGCAGCUGUGUGUGAAUGGCUGCCCUUCCAGUGAACGUAUUGAUCAGAGUGGCCACUUGCCAUUGCCUGUGAUGGGAAAGCUGCUUCCUUGGGGUGCUGCAUUUCAUCCCCAAUCAGGGUACACACUGGAAACAGCCACCACCAAAUGCCAUGAGAAGAUGCUUGUGAAGGACAUCUAUUUUUACUCGUGUGUAUUUGAUCUACUCACUACUGGCGAUGCCAACUUCACAGCUGCUGCUCACAGUGCCUUGCAGGAUGUGGAGGCACUGCACCCCAGCAAAGAGCACUGGCAUAUCUUUCCCAGGAGUGGAGAUGAUGGUGUGGGCAGGGAUAGCAAAUUCUUUGUCAUUCUUGGACUUCUGUACUUGAUCCUUGUUGCAUAUUUGUACAAUUUUUUUUUUUAGACUCCAACAAAAUUUUGAAAUAUAUGUUGUCGUAAUAUAUUGAGUAAAGAGGAAUAUAUGUGUAUAUACAAUGUAUAUGAAGGGAUGUUUUGUCUUGGGGCAUCAAUCAGGUAGGAUGUUAACUGUUUUCAUGUAUGUUUGAUUCAGUAUUCUAUGUAUCUAUUUGUUUUACAGUUGUUGGAAACUUUUAUAGUGUUGCUGCAUUGAGACCUGAUAAAAAGCACUUUAUUUUUUACACUUUAGAUGUAUGUGUGUAUCUCAGUAACUAUGUGUUACACAUUAAAUCCUCAAUGCUGUCUCUUCUCUAAGUACUACUUGGUUUAACACAUUUUUUUAAACAGAAUUAACUUGUGGGUUUUCCCAAGAGACCAUUAGCUAAUGCCAAACAUGUAUAUUUUGAAGGUAGUGAAUGGUCUCCAAAGAGAGCUUAAACAUAGAAAACUUUGAGGGAACCCCUUUUUUUUUUUUUCCCCCCCCUUGACAGGCCCUCCAAUUGUCUGUAUUCUAGAAGGCUAGAUUUAUGUUUUUUUCAUGCUUGGAAACCCCACAAUGUAUCAAUCUUUGCAAAACGUUGUAGGUAUGGUUCAUUACUAUGCCAGUAAGAAUUUGUGUGUGUGUAAUAGAAUGGCUGUUCAGUGUGUAAAUAUUUUAAAUUAUUAUAAUAGAAGAACAGUUGUCGUGUCCCAUCCCCGCCCCUGAUGAGGAAUGUCAGUAAGGUGGUAUAAGGGACCCCUGGUGGGGUGCACAGAAAUUAGAGAUAUAGACCAUGUACUAGGCAGGUAAUCUAUAAAUAAAUUCUCAGUUUGUCUCCUAGCCAGAUAGGAUAGAGGGGAUAUUGCAUAGCUGUGUGCUGAAUACAGUUGUUAUACUUCUUGCAGAUGCUUGUUUCUCUCUGCUAUAGAAGAUAUGUAAAUUUAUGACCAGCAGCUGCAAACCAGGCCAGUUUGUUGAAAAAGAUAAGUUUAUUGAAAGAGAUGAGGAACCAUUCCCUCAGGAUCAACAACUCCCGAGUUGAACAAUUCCUUUGUAGUGUUUGCAGAGAUAUUUACAAGAAUUAUAACACAGGAAUCUGUGUUACUGCUGCAUCCCUCCUGAGAGACUUUAUAAAAAUCCUCUUUUCAAGUAACCUCAGAACUCUCAGACCAGAAGAACCCUGGAACAAAAAAUUAUUUUCUUUAAAACUAAAGAGAUGGGGAAAUUUGAAUAAAUUAUUCAGAAAAGUCCACAAGAUUACAGAACUUAGUGUAACAAGAUGAUCUGCUAAAUAUAUAUGGAGUAUUUCAUCUGCAAGGCUAAUCAGACACUGUGAAGGUAAAUUGAAAGUGCCAAAACUUACAAGAAGUUAUGUCAGAUACGUGUGAAGAAAUACAGACCUAAUAAACCUAAUCACAACUGUCAGUGUUAGUUCACUAAGCUUGUAUUACAGCUGGGAGUUGAGGUGUGGUAGAAAUAAUCUUACCUGGAACAUGUAUCAGUGAAAUGAGUUGUGAAAAUUGCUGUAGAAGGCAAAAGGAGCUUUAAAUAUGUAUAUGUUUACUGUACACAGAAGGCAGCUGUCAUACCUGUAGGAACUUACUCACAGGUGUUAGUCUUAACACCACAAGCUCUGUAGAAGGCUCUGUAAUGUGAUCAUUGGUAUUUUAAUGCAACAACCAGUCAGUGAUUACUGAUGCUAUCUGUUUGCUGGCCUUUGUCUUAAGCUACCCUUGGCUAUUAGUGGCUUACUCAAAAGGGUUUUUUAAGUAUCUUCUAGAACACACCUUACCAUAUGUUUACAGAGCUUCUAACAACAGGUGAUGAUAGUUCUCUGUAGUUGUGGAGUCUUGACAACUUCCUUAGUAAGGAUGUUGCAGGACUGGCAGAGACUGUAUGCCUAAUCCUUUAUUUUGUGUGUAAAGAAGGCUCCUAAACAAGAGUAUUAUAAAAAGAAAUAGUAGGGUCAAUUGCCUGUUAAACAAAAAAUUCGGGGUUUUUUGCUGGAAAACCUUUCUGGAAGAAAAAUGUGCAUAAAGAAUCUGUUUAGUGGAAUACAACUGGAGACUAUGACCUUUUGUUCUUGUGGAUCAAGUUACAGACCGUCAGUAUUGCGUUUCCUUUCAGAUUGCUGUUGUACUGUUAGAAAAUAAGAAUACCAAUUAUUUACAUUCUCCUACUUUAGCAUUAUGACUACCAUGCAUUUGUUUUGUGAGUUUUGAGGCUGUGCAUCUGUUUACUUAUAUACAUUCCAAAGUAAAGCAAGCAAUUCUGCAAGCUUUGUACUACCUAUUGAGAGUUUCAUUAGUGGACAAGUUUUGGAAAAAAGGCUAGGAGUGUCAUGGCUUUCUUCUCUUCUGAGAAGAGACAGCACAGUAUAAAGUCUUGCAUUCAUUUUCUUCAUGUAGGUAUAGUGGUUGUCUUUUACACUGAAAUUUUCAUGCUUUGGUUAUUUAAUGCCCAUCUCUGUCUUGACUGGUAUAAAUUCUUUCCUGUCUUUCCCUGUUCCAGCUAUACAAUAUCCAAACAGAACUGAUAACAAUUCCCUUUUUUUAGCAAGUAUUCUGUGUUUUUUACAAGGUAAGCAUUCUCUGUAUUGUGCUGCUAGUACUCUUGAACUGUAUUCAAAGCAAACAGGGAUUGUGGGGAUCAGUGUUGUCCAUUAGAUUUUAUAGUUCUCAUUAAUCACCUUGUUAUGGAGAGCAACAUAGCUACAGAUCGAGUACAAGUAUUCAGGUAAAUUUGUGAUGCUGAUGUAGAAAAAAAUUGCAUCUGAUCUGAUUCCAAAUUCUUUAUGUUUGUAACUGAACUUCGUUGACAUUAAAAGCUGCUAUUACUAAAUUAACUGUGAACAGUAAGAUUGAUUACAGUCUUUAUGGAGUGGUAUCUAAAGCUGAGACACACAGUAAAGCCUUUUCAUCUUGAACCCAGAUGUUUCUCUGGGAUCUCUAAUUCUUUCCGUAGUCCAGUAAGCCCCCUUAAACAACCUGUAUUUUGCUGCUGAGCAGAAAAACAGAAAGCAGUCUUGAGAGUUAUACCUGCACCCCAGCCAGAGUCACAUGUUGGUCAUCUGCCUGGCUUACUUUGCAGGACUUUUUGGGCAGGUUUGACUUGCUCACUCAUGUUUGGCAGGUGAUGAUGGAGUUGUUUAGAGUGUAGUGGUGAUGAGCAUUCUGCUGGAGUUUGGGAAAGCAAGCUGAAAUUCCUCUUCUGCCUUGGUCUUUCACAUCUUGUGAUUAAUAGCUGGGAGCUAUUAUUGAAUAAACAUAAUUUUGUGGUAUUACAGGGGGAUAGCUUUAUCCAGACUUAGGUCCAGAGGUCUUAGGUGCCUCAAAAGAGACUGGAGGCAUACUUCAGCACUUGAGAGGUAUUUUACCUAAAUUCAGCAAACUAAACCUGUAAGCUACUUCUGUAGUUGGUGGAGUGAGUGACAACAUUCUAGAUUGGACCAAAUUAUCUUCUGGAAAUGGCUAUUACUAUUGUCCAGGAGAGAAGGAGACAGCUAUUUUAAGUAGCUGAAGUCAGGUGAAACAAGUUCAGCCCUGAUGGGUACAUUUUAAAUUCCAGCCUAGGUUCACAGCCAGGGACAACCUAUGUUCACUAGAGACAAGCCACCUGAUCCAGCACUUCCUGCACAACUCCCUGUAUCCCAGACCUGGCUGAUGGAAAUACCUUGGCCUGGGAAAGUCUCACACCAGACCUUGGUCUUGCCUGCAGUCUGAAACCUUCAAUGUUUGAUUAUCUUGAAAGUAGAACUGAAGAAGGCAACCCCAUGUUUGUUGUACUGGCCUAUUUUCUCUAAGUGCUCUGUGGGUCAGGGGAAGGGUGGAAAAGAGAAAUUAAGAAGCUCUAGUCAGAGGGUAAAGAGGAGAGUGGACCAAGUGGGUAAGGUCUUAGUGGUAAGUGCUUCUAAUCUUAUUUUUUGUCUUUAAAUCCCAAACUGUUUACAUUUUCUAGUGAAUGAUGUACAUGAUAUAACAAGUGUGUGUAGCUAUGAUAUUUUAUGGAAAAUCCCUUCCUAGGAUUUUUCCUGUCCUGAGGAGCUGAGAGCCUCAGGAAAGAAAUGUAAACAAUAACUAUCUGCUGCUGUAGAAUGCAACAG